UCUAUAUAUGUAGCGUUGAGUUUAUCUCUGAAACAACCAAUCUUGAUGUUUUUAUUUUGCUUUACAGUAUCUUACAGACAAUGUGAUAGACAAGAGUGAAGUACUUUAAACAGUUUUGUAUUUUAAAAGUUUUCAAAUAUGGCUUUAUCGGAGGAUAUUGAGUAUAAAAUAUGCAUCAUAUGCACCGAACCAUGUGAGGAACAUCAUCGAACAGAAGAGAACGCAGUUGAUGUACUUUAUUUAGAAGAUACAUUGAAAUCAGUGUUCGGUAAACUACAGGUACCAUACGACGAGUGUUUAGCCAUAAACCUGUGCUAUGUUUGCACAACAGAGCUAUCAAUCACAUCCCGGUUCAUUAAGAAAAUUGAGGAGGCUCAGCUUAAAAUUAGAGAUCUUCUUGGCACAGACUUAUCACAGAAUGGUCCUAGUAGAUCUUCAAGCUUAGAAAACAUAAGCAUCAAACAUGAACAUGAGAAUAAAUCGUCCGAACAAAAUCUUGCAGAAUCUGAAGGAAUAGAGGAAGAAGAUCAUUUGGAGAUUCCAGCCCAUGACUCCUUUGCGGAAUCUGCUUCAGAAGAAGACAAGUUCGUACAUAAAAAUAUCAGAUCAAGACUAAGAUCUGACACACAUCCAAAGCGUUGUUGUGGUUGCAAAACGGCUCUGACAUCAAAUGAGCAAGUGCAAAUUCAUUCAAAGAAGCGUCAUAUUCGAGAUCGGAUCACCGAACCUCACCUCAUCAAACACCAACCAUUUGAAUGUUCGGUAUGCUUUGAACGGUUUCAAGACAAGAAGGACCUGCUUCGUCAUCAACGAACGAUGUAUGCCGAUGAACUGUUUCCGUGCAGACGUUGCCCCGCUGAAUUUGCCAAUGCCUACAAUCUUCGCCUGCACGAGAAAAGUUUUCAUAGGAGGACAAAUACAAAUGCACAAAUUGAUGAAAUGCGCCUCAGGACCCACAAAUGCUGCAUUUGUCGAGAUCAAUUUGACUCCCUGGACCAUGUCAAAGAACAUGUUGUACAACACCAUCCACUACAAGGUGAGAAUAUCGAAACUGAAAAUGAAUUCGAGUGUGAAAUAUGCUCUCGAUGCUUUAAAACUCAAAAAGUACUGGUAGAACAUCAACGGCGACCUUUCCGGAAACAUCGUUUCCAGUGCUCCCACUGUGGCAAAACGUUCAACGAAAGGCAAGCAUUUUCCGAUCACGAGCAGAGUCACGCAUCCGUACGUCCUUACGAGUGUCCCAUUUGCCAGAAAAGAUUUUCGCUUAAAACAAACUUCCGGACUCACGUUCGGUACCACACGGUGCCCGAUGAUCAGUUCAAAUGUGAGUUUUGCGGCAGAGGUUUCAAGAAGAAACAUCUUCUCCAGGAGCACCAAGUGAUACACCAGGAAAGUGAAGUACGUCCCUUCAAAUGCCAUCUUUGUUCGAUUGCUUUCACUCGAAACGAUCUGUUGGAAUUCCACGUGAAGGAACACUUGGGUGAAAAGCCUUUCAAAUGUAAGCUGUGUAGUGCAUCGUACAUUCAUGGACGGGACUUGCGGAGGCACAAUCGGACCAAACACGAAGGACAGAUGCCGUUCGUGUGUGAAGUUUGUCACAAGGAGUUUGCCAGAAAAGAUGCUUUUGGUAAACAUAUGAAAAUUCAUAAAAGUAAGCAGUCAAACUUAGAGAAAUAAUAUUUGUUUGUACAUUUUUCAUUAGAAUAAAGGAUACAUGAUUGUAGAGA